AUGCGUCUCCAUCAACUCGCAGCCGCAGUUCUAACAGCCAACGCGCUCGGCACAGCUGCUCUUCGAGCAUCCAAUGGAGAUUGCUCGGCCGGAUUCACGCUUUGCACUUCCUCAGGAGCUACAUCCAACGCCACCCCACAGAUUGGCACAGCAGAGUUCCAAGGCCUUUUCGUCGACAUCGUUUCCUCCUCCCUCCCAUCCGACAAGCGCUUCCUUUCCGAUAGAGACACGGCUUCGCAGCCUUCGCUAUGCUGUAUAUCGACGCUCUCCUGCCUCACCAUGGCUACUCUUGAAAUUCCUUUUUGCUAUGACAAAUUUACCACCGAUUACUAUCUCCCGGAUGGCAGCUACGGGACGGUCGUGGGAGGCGCAUACACAUCAGCGGAUGGCAGCACUGCCAACUUGGAGACUGGAGACUAUACCCUGCACAAUGGGAGCAUGGGGAAUAUUUAUUCUUCCAACGGGGGUGCAAAACCCAAUACUGCGAUCCUCCCGAUGCCAAUCCAAUUUACAGCAUCAGGGGUAGGGACUGCGGUUCCACCCAGUGGUCUUGGUGGCCUAGUUACUCUCACCCUUACCACAACGCUACCAGGAACGACGAUUCCUCCAUCCACUGUGGCACCUUCGACGAUUUUGGGUAUUGUCACAUCCGAACCCGUCCUAUUACCUCUCUCUACCAUUUCAAUGGAGAUCUCCAACUCGUUAUUUCUCAGUACCAUGACCGUGGAAUUGAUGUCGCCCCUUACCCUCCUUGGGGCCACGGUUUUAGGCACAACAAUACCAGGCACGACUGUCGAGCCUGUCACCACGACUAUUACAACGGCAGAAGUCACCGGUUCUAUUGUAUCAACACCGCUUUCAAACCCAAGUUCUAGCCUACAUGGUCCUAAGAAAAGUAAUGCUGUCGGGGGGUGGAAAACCUGGACCAUGCCUACCAUCCUACUGGUACAUUCCCUCAUCCUCUUACUCCAGACAAAUCAUUGA